AUGGUGAGUCUCAAAAUGGACAAGUUAGAAGGUGGUUCUGGAAUCAGGAGAAAUACCUUGGUUAGGUCUCAGCAAACAGCAACCACACCACUGGGGCAACCAGCCCCAGCUCCUUCUGCAUCUAUCAGCACCCAGCCAAGCAGAGCUAGCAAAGCUGCACAAACAACUACCUGGGCCUGGGCAGAUGAACAGGCAGACGAACAGGCAGACCAGGUCCAACAGGAUAAGAUCUGAGAGUCUGUGGAGGUUGAACAGAGAGGAAGGAGAAUCUGGCAAGUCACUUGUUCCAGCUACCAGAACUGGAGGUUCCUAAAGGACCAUGACCAUAUGGGGAAGAGAAAGAAGCAGAAACCACUGCCAAACAAUAUGUCUGUGCUCUCAAGCAAAGUUCCCAACUCAGCCAGUCAAACUACUGGCAGUCAAAUGAAUACUGAGCUUGGCAGGGCUCUGGUAAAUAUGAAUUCUUCAGCAGUGCACUGCUGAAAGUGGAAACUUGAGGGUGAGCUCCAGCUUUCUUAG